AUGAAUCUUAUGAAUCUUGGCCGUGAACAAUUGGAAAAUGGCAAAUUGGACGAUAUGCUUCGACAAGUGGGUAUUAAUGAUGUUGGUACAUUUGUAAAUCAAUUUCGAAAUAAGGUUAAUCAAGAAACUGCUCCAGAAAGCAAUGUUAAUAAUGCAAGUGGUCGACAAGCAGCCGGUGGUCAACAAACUGAUUUCAUAUCAAUGGGAUCAUCAUUUCUCAAUCAGUUCGGUGGUGGAAGUAGCAAAGGGCAAAGCAAAGGUUCUGGAGAUUUACUCAGUGGAGCCAUGAAUGCUUACAAAAUGUUUUCGGGUAACAAAGGUAGUAGUGGAGGAGAAGGGCAAAGUGCUAGUGGUGGUGGUGGUGGUGGUGGUGGUGGUGGUGGUAAUUCGGCUGAUAUGAUUAACAAUGCAAUGAAAGUUUAUAAAACGUUUUCAGGUGGCAAAGGGCCUAGCAGUAGUGGCACUAGCGGUGGAGGCAAUAUUUUUGAUACUAUUGGUACCACUUAUGAGAAUGCUCAACAAUUACAAAGUUUGCUUAAAGCAUUAGAUAAAAAUGGUGAUGGUAAAAUUACUAUUGAAGAUAUUCAACUUCUUCUUCAAGGAUUAGGACUUGGUUCUGUUUCACCACAUUUAUCAAAAGCUUUAUUUAAAGCUAUUGAUAAAAAUGGUAAUGGUACACUUGAUUUGACAGAUGUUAUGGCUUUAGCAGCUAUAGUUAGUAAGCUUAACAGUCGAUUUGGUUCAGGUGCAAAUCAACAAGUUUGA